CUGUCUCCUCGUUCGUGGGGCAGCCAGCUGGGAGCAGCGGGCAGUGAGGCAGCCGGCUCCUCCGCCCCAGCCAGGGGGACGCAGUCAGUAAACACAAAAGUGAGAGCCACUCAAGGGGCAGCCAAAGCAAGAGGAGAGAAAGAGAAGGGAAGAAAAAAAGGGUGAAAAAAAAACCCAGGAAAAAAAAAAAAAAGGAAAAGGAAAGGAAAGCGCUCGCUCGCUCUUUCUCUAGAAUAACAAAAUACCUGAUCGUAACAAAAUAACAUCCUUCAGAAAAAAUUCAGCAGGGACUUGACAUACCAAAAAGGCAAGGCGAGGAGAACGUGCCAGGGCCCGGGGAAGGCGAGCCAAAGCCGCGAUCGCUGCCAGGGCAGGAGAGCAGCAUGUCAAGCGCCGGGGCACACACGGAUGAGCGCUGCCGGCAGCCCGCCUUCCUUCCCGGCCCGCCGCUGCCGCAAGAAGUUGAGAGUAGCAGCGGCAGUGCCAAGGUGCAGAGGAUGUGUGCGGCGAGGCGGAUGCUGCUGCUGCUGCUGGCUUUCCUGGCCUACGCACUGGAUUCAGCGGCUGCGUACGGCACGGCGGAGACCCUCUGCGGUGGGGAGCUGGUGGACACACUGCAGUUCGUCUGCGGGGACAGGGGCUUCUAUUUCAGUAGACCGGUGGGACGAAAUAACCGGCGGAUCAAUCGGGGGAUUGUGGAGGAGUGCUGCUUUCGGAGCUGUGACCUGGCUCUGCUGGAAACAUACUGCGCCAAGUCCGUCAAGUCGGAGCGUGACCUCUCCGCCACCUCCCUGUCAGGCCUGCCAGCCCUCGGCAAGGAGAGCUUCCAGAAGCCCUCGCACGCCAAAUACUCCAAGUAUGACGUGUGGCAGAAGAAGAGCUCCCAGCGGCUGCAGCGGGAAGUGCCCAGCAUCCUGCGGGCUCGCCAGUACCGGUGGCAGGCUGAGGGGCUGCAAGCGGCUGAGGAAGCCAAGGUGCUGCAUCGUCCCCUCAUCUCCCUGCCCAGCCAGAGGCCUCCAGCGGUGCGAGCCUCCCCGGAAACGGCUGGCCCCCAGAAAUGAA